CUAAUUGUCAAUCGCAGCCUCGACUGCUCGACCAUUUCAAACAUUGACGAUGACCAAGGCAGCUGCUCUCGAAGCCAAAAACAAAGGAAAUACAGCUUUCAAGAAGGGGGAAUAUGAAGCAGCUCUUACAUUCUACUCCGAGGCGAUGAUCCUCGAUCCGCAGGAUCAGGUCUACCCUUCCAACAGAGCUAUGACAAACUUGAAGCUAGAGAGAUGGGCAGACGCCGAGGAAGACUGCAACAAAGCACUUGCAUUGACCGCACAGAACGUGAAGGCGUUAUGGAGAAGAGGUAUUGCACGGAAGAAUCUCGCACCAUUAUGGACGAAUUGAAGCAAUUGGAAUGGUUGGAGAAGAAGGCAAAGAGAGCAACCCGGGGUAUUCGACCGUCAAGAUUAGCUAAUGUAGAAAACAAUCCUACACACGAGGCAUCAGAUGCCUCGUACGCGUCACUCGAUGCAAGAGUGACACCGGAAAGAAUCCGGAUACCUGUUAAGGAAGUUGAUGAGCUACCUGCGGAGCUACUGGACGUGCCUCAGGCAUCUACACAGCCAGAUUUGCCGACAAAACCUGAGCAGGUGAAGACAGCUACAGCGGAGCUUACAUCGAUAGAGCAACCCGCAGCUGUUCCAGCACAGGAAGAACCAAAGAUCGGCACCUCUUCCAUUGCUUCUCCGCCGUCACAAACCCCAAAGAUCAGCGCCUCAUCUAGCGUUGUUCCGCCAUCACAGGCAAGUCUCGACUUGGCUAUGUACGGUAUCUCCCCAGGUUCACUGCCCACGGUAUCGGCUCUUCUUCAACUCCUCCGAACACCGGUCGCUAGCAACCCCGGUGCCGCAGAAUACCUCUUCUCGAUUCCUAGCGAAAAGCUGCCAACCAUCUUUGGCCGAGCUGGGCUGGAAACGAGCCACUUGGAGGGGUUCUUGGAUGCGGUGCUGGUAUGUAAGUCGGUAGGGUACGAGGAUUGGAGAAGGAAAGCACUGUCAGUUCUGCAGGUGUUACCCAUUGUCGGUCGAUUCAGCAUCGCGAGCAUGUUCGUGGGACGAGACAAAGUCCAGAAGGUAUUUGCCGCACUCGCCGAGGAGGCCACGGCAGAAGAGGAGGAGCAUUCAAAGAAAGCAGGAGCAUCAUGGGGUAUCUAAGAAUCAUUGAGGCGGCUGGCGCACGCAAAGGUACCAAUAUGAGAGGAAGCAAUGCAAUGAUAUUAUGCUUGCAAUAUGACCGAUAUUGAGGGAGUCCACUCCUGGGACUGCUCC